AAUACUUUUCUACAAAAAAUAAAGUGUUGAAUAUUGAUGGAUCGUAUUAUUAUCUCCUAGAAAUAUGCAGCAUACAUUCAAAUUAUUAUUCUUUAUAUUUUGCUACUCGACUUUCUUUCAUUGUGAAGGUGUUGUCAAUAAACGAGAUACUUGUGAGAAACGGUCUGAAAAUAACAGCAAUGAUGAAAUGACAUUGCUCGCGAAACUUGUAGUUCCAGAUUUAGAAGGCACAAGAAAAGGGGACUCCGGUAAAAUUGCAGUUGUCGGAGGUUCCGCAAAAUAUACAGGUGCACCAUACUUUGCUGCCAUAUCUGCGCUGAAGGUGGGUGCUGAUUUGGUUUAUGUUAUUACAACGGAAGAAGCAGCUUCAGUGAUCAAAUCUUACAGCCCGGACCUUAUAGUCAUACCAAACAAACUGACAGAUAUAAGAUCUAUAUUAAGUAAAGUACAUGUAGUUGUCCUUGGGCCCGGUCUGGGAAGGGAACCAGAGAAUUUACAACUAGCGUAUGACACCAUACAAAUAAGUAGGGAUCUGAAAAAACCUUUGGUUAUUGAUGCUGAUGGGCUCUAUGCAGUUUACAAGAACAUUUCUGUACUUAAGGAUUACCCAGAGCCCGGAGUUGUAUUGACACCAAAUUUUGUUGAGACCAAAAAGUUGAUUGAGGCAAUUCCAGAAUCGGAAAACACCUGGUAUUCACACUGGGGUAAUGCUGUGUCUGUGCUACUGAAGGGCGCUACUGAUGAAUAUCAUGGUCAAUUUGACUGGCACUUGGAUGGAAUAGGAUCUGGCCGACGAGCGGGUGGUCAAGGAGACAUAUUGGCUGGUGCUCUAGGUACUUUUUACCAUUGGUCUCUCCAGCAUAAGCACUGCAAUGGUACAACAUCGGAAGCAUUGGCUCGAAGUACAGCAUCGUUUGCUGCAGCUAAAUUAACCAGAGUGUGCAAUGCUGAGGGAUUCAAGAAGUAUGGUCGCAGUAUGACAGCUUCAGACAUGAUUAAUGAAAUCCAUGUUUCAUUUGAUAAAAUGUUUUUGUGAAUUUAUAACAGUAUCUCAUUAAUUUGAUAAGACAAAAUAUACGCGUUUAAUAAAAUUAUAUUCAAACAAAUAAAA